UAAACUAGAUUUCUAGUUUGUUAUAAAUAACGUGACAUACCACGAAUCUCGAUUAUUUUUGUUUCUAUAGUUUUAUCAACCAAGUUAACGAAAAACAAAUAUUAGUAGUCUAUAUCCAGCUAGAUGAUCAAGAUGCGAGAUGAGCUUAUUAUCUUAAGAGUUCAAAAUGGAUAAAAAGGGCUCAUCACUAUCAGCUGAUGCUGCUGAGUUUGUGCCACUGAGGGUGUCAGAGAUAAGUAAGCCUGGACAGUCAAAACACCCAGGUGCCCAGGAAAAGUGGAAAAGAAGAAAUGCUGUGGAGAUUAAUGAAGUGCCAAGAUACUUGACAAGCUGUUAUCCAUUUGUACCACCAGAUUCUUCUAAAUAUAGAUCGGAAACACCAAGAUUCCAGCCACCAUUUCAUUUUCAAGGCAAUAUGUCUGCUGCCACACCAAUGCGCUGCCCACCGUGGCCUCAAGUUCAUGCAGAUUAUAUGGGAAGUUAUUUACCAACCUCAUAUGGUGGCAUGGCUCCAUUGUCUUUAGAUAUGACUAAAGUUGAAGUUCCUCCUCAAAUGAAUAUGGCACUUGGUCAUCUGGGUGGACAAGGGUUACUGUUGGGGGCACCCCCAGACCCUAACUCUAACUGGCUGGUGAACUCCUUAUCCAAUAUGUACAUGUCUCAGCAACACCCUCAGCAAUAUGUGAACCAGCCACCAGUUUUUAUUUCGUCGGCGACCACUGUGACUGCAUCGUCGACCGUGCCCAUCUCUUCACAGAGCAUCUCUUCAGCACCAGUUGCACAGGCAAGUUUCAGAGCUGGGAAUAAAGCAUCAAAAUCAAAUACCAAUACUUCUGUAAACAAUUUAUCCAGCACCAUACCCAGUAGUGCAAAGCCCAAGCAGUCAUCAGUACAUCAAAAAGUUGGUGUCCGUUCAGCAUCACCAAUUAUGAUAAGCAGAUCAGCCCAGACAGACUUUCCUGCCAGUAUAAAAAACUUAACUGUUAAAGAGAAACCCUGUCCGUCAUUUAACAGAAACAGAGCUCGAUCUUUGCACAGUGUGCCAAGACACAAGUCAAGUGAUCAUGACUCGGACAGCGGAUACAACAGCCCACUUCACCAACAAAAUCAUGUGUCAGUAGCUACGCAGGUAGAACCUUCAAGUUUGACAAACAAUACUUGCGACAGUGUUGUCACAGGCAGACAGCAUGAGCCUGCCACCAGUUCAUUGACUGGGUCAAGCAGCAUUAGUCAGACCAAGUCAGGUGAUGAUCUGAGACCAGAUGGGGUUAGAAAGAAGAAAAAGAGGCAGAACAGAGAACAGAGGGAUGCUAACCGCAUGUUGGGGUCCAAUACAAAACUCUUGUCUAGGUCAUCAUCGUCUAUAUCAUCCUCAGGCACUAAGCCAGAUGAUGACGAUGAUGAGAAAAUAGAUCUUCACUCCUGGACAGACUUUCCUCCAGUUUCCCCUCGUUUGUCUGCACCUGUCAGAACCUCAAAUCAGCCUGUGACAUUAACUAUAGAAAGGUCUGCACAUGAACCGCCUUGGUCCAUUAAAUUUUCAAGUGCAGAUAAAACUAGGUCAUCUAGUGGAGACAAGCAGGCAUCAUCUUUAGGGGAACACAAGGGAAGAAACAGGCAGUCCCAUGAAAAACCUGGGCUUGCCACAGAUACUGCCAAAACUGGCAACCUAGAGCAAGGUGUUACUGGACUCAAUCAAUCUACAGAAAGAAAUAAAAACUCAAAAGUGGGUGAUGUAAAAAACAAAUUUAAAGGUCAAGUUAAAGACCCAGUCUGUGAACCGAUGCCAGUAACCAGGGCAGUGACAACUACAACAUUCUCAUCAACUGUGACCACAACCACGGUGUCCAUGGUUACUACCACCGCAUCAACUCUCUUAGUGGCUUCAAGUAACGCUUAUGCCUCACAGUUGACAGGUGGAGACCCCAAUCGGUCUGUCCCAAUAGGAGCUAAUGAUUACAGAAACAAAGCAUUAGCCCCACAGCAAUCAGUAUUACCUGUCUACCCAAGUGACCCUUCUUACAGGUCUUAUGCAAACAUUGCACAGGGUAUACGUUUGUCUUCACCAAAUGCCAGCCAGCCUCCUAGUCACCCUCCUGUUACUUUUCAAAACGGACUUUUCCCGCCCCCACUUUUUCCAGUUGUUCCAGUCCAGCCUUUUCCUUUCUUUCCUGGUGCUGCCUUAUCUCAGCCCCCUCCAGCCAUUAUUCCCUAUGAGGGGCACCAUGCCCCACAUUUUGCUGUGGAGCCUGUGACUUCUAUGAACUAUGCUUCCCAACUCAGAGCACCAGUUUUGAGCUAUGACACAGCACCCAAAGUCAAUACAUUUUCUGCUGGCAGGGGCAGGAUGAGAUCUAACUCUGGCCCUGGUGGGGAUAAACCAGGUGCCUGCCUCAAUCAAAGUAACAGUCAGACUAUAUAUGGUCCCUCCAACUCUGACCAAUUAGCCGAGGGCCAAACAGAACUGAAAGAAGGAGAGGAGAAAAAGAAACGCAGGCGGCGGCGGCGGAGAAACAAGUCUAAGCAAAAUGAGGAGGAGGAUGGAGUCGCUAAUAGCUCACACUUGUCUCAGACAGUAUCAUCUGACACGACACUUCACUUUGAAGAUGUCGAUGAGUUUCCAGAUCUUAUGCCCUCUAAAGGGGCAUCAGAGGAUACAUGGGCAGUAAAUGAACGAUCAACUCUCUCUGGCACAUCACUGUCGUACAGUGACAUUAUUAAGUCGUCAUUUUCAAAAGCUGGAAGCCAGAGCAGACCUCAGUCCCUAACUGGUUCCUGUCUAUCUGAAGAGGAUGUGGGCGCCAAUGAUGAGGGCAACAGUAGUCGAACAGGAGCCAGCUCAGAGUCCAAGCGAGCUAGAAAAAGGAGGAAGCGCAGAGAACAAGCCAACAAGGCGGCCGAAGCUGAGCUGGCAGAAAUUUCACUGGAGCAGCAGUGGCUCAGGGAAAUGGGACUGAAGAAAGCUGUUGGCCAGGGUCUCAGCAGCAAGCCCUUGCCAGGUGUCAUCACAGACACUGUGGUGGUGAAUGAGGCCAAAAAAGCUGUUGCAAGUAAAGGUGGCGGCAAGAAAUCCCAGCAGCCAAUAGCCAUUGACAUAGCAGCCAUGAUUGAUGCCAUACAGAAAAAACCUCCCCCAUCACAGCCUAGCGCAGCGCCCAACAAGCACAUUCCAAAUCAAGCCAAGGGAGCCAAGAAGGAGAAAGGCUCACCUGGCAGCAGUAUGCCAGGAAACAUGCUGGACUCCUCAGCCCCCAUCCAGAAGAGAGGAAAAGAGAGAGAGAGUGGCAAGGCCAAGAAGCCCAGUCCUCUGAAGAAAGUCAUACUGAAAGAGAGAGAACAGAGGAAGAGAUUGAGGCUAUUAGAUGAAGACCCUGAUACAGCUAACCUAGACUCCGUUGGUGCUUCUGGAGUUGGGAUUGUUGGUGGAGAGAGUGAACUGAGUCAAGAUGCACUGAGUUCUAAAUCCGAAGUCUCAGAUGGAGGCGAGGAGAGCGGUGCAGCCGAACUGUCAGCUGACCUUUCCCCAAUCAGCCAGACUUCACCAAUCUCCAUGUCUCCUGCCUCACCUGGAAACUCAGGGGUCAAUUCCCCUGUGACUGGAUCCAUAGGGCGUGAUCCUGUUCUGAUGAAGAUACACAGUCGCAGAUUCAGAGAGUACUGUACACAGAUACUGGAUAAAGAAAUAGAUCAGUGCUGUGCCUCUCUGCUCCAGGACUUGGUCAAGUUUCAAGACAGGAUGUAUCACAAAGACCCAGUCAAAGCGAAAUCAAAGAGAAGAGUUGUCCUUGGUCUAAGGGAGGUCACCAAGCAUUUAAAAUUGAAGAAGAUUAAGUGUGUUGUCAUCUCUCCAAACCUGGAAAAAAUUCAGUCGAAAGGAGGCCUCGAUGAAGCGCUGAACAAUAUUCUUAACAUGUGCCAAGAGCAAAGUGUUCCUUUUGUCUUUGCAUUAGGACGGUGUGCCCUAGGCCGGGCAUGUGCCAAGCUUGUUCCUGUCAGCGUUGUGGGCAUAUUUAACUAUGAAGGCUGUGAGCAAAAGUACAACAGCCUUAUCUCUCUGACUGCCACUGCACGAGCCGCCUACAAUGAGAUGGUUCUGGCAGUGGAAAAGGAGGUAUCCGAGUACCCAGCCUCUCAGACAUCCAGCAUUGGUGGUGUGCCUGGCCUGUUUGCAGCCCACAUGGGACAUUCAAGGACGCCCUCUGGAUGCAGUGCCAUCUCCUUCACUAGCUCCAUAUUGUCAGAGCCAAUCUCGGAGAAUUUUCCUCAUGCUGAGCCAGAAGUAGAUAGUAAAGGUUACGAGAUAGUGAGGGACGCUGCAGGGAACAUUGUUCACCCACCCAAUGGCCAUGACAUUGAUGACGGCAAUGAAGCCGAUAUAGAAGACUUUGGGGAGAAGGUAAGAAAGAAGAAGAUGGGGAAGAACCCCAACUGCGUGAGGUUUGGAGAUCUUGUCGGCUCAGAGGCUGAGAAAAACGAGGACAAAGAGGGUAGCGAUGUGACCGCCGGGAGGCUGAGCCGCAAUGUGAGUGAGUCCACGUUGACAGCAGACGAGGUCAGUCUGCGAGGGCAGUUCAACAAAUUGGAGGACCUUAAUGACGAAGGAAGUGAAAAUGAGGAGGAGGAACGAAGGAGAGACAUUGAACACAUUGACUCUAUACACAGUGAGAACUACAAUCUGGGUCAGGAGAUUCUCUCCCAGCACUCCUCACUGCCACUCGAGCAGAGGUCAAAAGGUCAGCAUGCAAGCUCGCCAAGGCCAUCCCCUUUAUCACCAUCUUCCCUCUCAGCUGUCUGUGGUAGUGACAUUAGGCAGACGAGGCAGGACAGCGGGGGCGUGGACGAGUACAUUGAUGAGGACGAGGACAACAGAGAGGAGGAGGAUGAAGGUAAAAGUCACCAUCGAAUCAUUGACAAAGAAAGAAUAAAGAACUGGCUAGAGUCGCAGACUAACUUAAUCACGGGAGAUUGACCCUCAAACUUCUCAUAGCUGUAAAAACAAAAUAAAGCUCAAACUUUGGUGGUUUUUUUUUCAUUCUUAACAACUUUGGAUUUGCUCCAUACUUCUGCAGCUCAAUAUGAUCCAUCAAGAUUAAUGCUAGCCCUGGAAGCUCAUCAGAAUAUUCAUUUUCAACUGAUGUUUGGAACAUGUUGAUUUGUUUUCUUAGUCAACUGCAAGACUUUUUUUUUUACAUUAAAAAAAAAACAACUUUUAAUGAUCAUAAUGUGUUUAGUUUUCUAGUUUUUAAUUAGAUAUUGCUAACUAACUCUUCUAUUGUUUUAGAUUCUUCAUAUAUAAUAUUACAUUGUUUUAGUUCUAGACCUUUUGUUAUCUAUAAAACUUUUUUUUACUAGAGUGAACUGUAAAAUGUACACACUUGGACAAUGGUUAUCUGUUUAACCAGAUUGUUUGUAUUCUGUUCAAGCUUAACAUAUAUUAGACGUCAUCAUGUAUUUUUUGCUUAGAUAGACUCGCACUAAACAUAUAUUAGACUUCUUUAUGUGUUGUGUGCCUAGGUAGACUUGCACAAUGCUAAUUUACUUUUUCUUAAGUGCUUAUUAAAUUUCAGUGAUGGUAAGUAAUGGGUUUGACUGAAAGUCAUAAAACAAAUCAUCAAUGCAGAGUUAGUGAUGUCAACUGCCUGAUGAUGUGAUAUGUGCUCUGAACUGUCAUCCGUGGUCUUAAGGUCCAGGGUUCAAACCCUGCCCACUGUCAUCCACCAUCAUCAUUCGGAAGGUUUAGGAUGUAAUUAUCUUUAGAAUUUUGUAUCUUUAAAACAUUUUACAAACAUUUGUCACGUACAAUAGAAAUUAAAAGAAAUUAACCCUAACUAUGUUAUCCUUAAAUUCUUCGUCAAAAAGUGGACUGUAACUAGUGUGUAUAGUUAUGCAAGAAUCAGAAAUCUUGUUCUACUUUCAGUUGGUAGUGAAAAGAAUUAAAAUGCAGGGGAUGGUAUCCUCCAGUCAUACAAGGAGCUACUUCCUCCUAGUUUAUGAUGUAACAGUUGAAUCCCCCUAGAUGCCACUUUACUAGUAAGAGUAAAAUGCUAAUCAUAACAAAAAAAAAUAAAUAAAACAAACAAAACCUACUUAUUUUAUUCAUGAUAAACCAGUUACACAAUAAAAUUUCAAAAUAUCUAGCAGUUAUAAUAAAUGCAAAUUUUUUUGUAGAAUCCCUGUAUUGAUGAAUUUUUAAUUAAAAAGUCGAAUAAAGCAUUAGGGUUUAUUAAAACAAAUUUUUACAAAUCAAACAAGAACAUAAAACUAAAAAUGCUAUUUAGCUUUGGAUAGGUUAGGUUAGAAUAUGCAUCCUCUGUUUGGGAAUCGUUAACUCAAGAAAACAAGAUUAGAAUAACACCUUUAGUAAAAUCACUAUAUUUAGAGAUGCUUCAGGAGGGAAGACUAAAAAGUAAAGUAAAACUGAACAAGAAUUUACAAAUACAAAAAUAAAACCAAAGACACACAGAGGUAAAGGCAAAUUUUUCAUACCAUAUGCUAAAAAAAAUUCAUAAUAAUGCUCCAUCUUCUCUACUGCCAUUAAAGCAUAGGAUGCAUGAAUCAACCAGGGAAACCAACUAUUUAGAGUUGGUUAACAUGCAUGACUAGAUUGACACAUGAAAUGCUUAUGAUGUAAUUAUCUUCUCUUUUGAAGUAAUGAUGUAAUUUAAGAGUUUUUUUUUUAUUGUUUGCUAAUGUUUUUAUGCAACAUGUCCAAAACUAUCUUGUAGUUGUGAAAAAAAAAGCAUUAGUGUGAAUGUGUUUCUCAAGUGAUAUGUAUAUCUAUAUGCACUGUAGAAUGAGUUCAUGGUACAUGCGCUACAUUUGACUACAUGAUUCUGUGUAGAACUCUAUGCAUGGGUUUAUCUGGGUUUAUCAUUGGCUGUUAACACAGAUUGCUUUUAGAUUAGUAAAAGAAGCAGCACAAUCCCCAUGACAUAUUUUGUCACAGUUACAUUCAUCUGAUGUCUAAAUUGUUGAUUGAAUUACUCAUCCAGUCAUAUUGUUUCACAAAUUUCAUGUUGUGUUUUAUGUCAGGUUCAUCCAAAAGUUUAAUUCUAAAAUUGUAUUUUCGUCCAUGCUGUUCUUGUUCAACUGUUCAUCCAAGGAAUGUUAUUUCUAAUGGAAUACAUAAUGGUAAUUCUAUAAUCAUUGUCCAUGGGUGUGACUUUGUACAAUUAAAUAAUCUAUUCUAUUUCCAUUUUAUUCACAAAUAUAUAGUAAUUUCAAUAUAAAUCAACAUAGGGAAUCAAUUUUUCUUUGAUUUUCAUGAAUGUUUAUGAAUCAGAUUUUUCAAUUACAGGUGAAAUGCUUAAAAAUGAAGGUGUAAAAUAUGUGAGCUAUAUGUACUUUUAAUACUCCAGGAUGAAAUACCAUGUUGGUCAAUAUUGCACUCACUGUCUUAUGAUAAUCAGUGAACUUUCAUUCUCGUACGGUACUGUAACAUUUGACACAAUGUGUCCAGUUAUUUUGUCUUUUAAACUUUUUUUUUGUCUGUAAGACCCAUAAAGGUGUAUUAAAGAGAGGAAAAUAACCCACUCUUUCAUUGUCCCUUCCAUGUUUAACAAUAGUAAAGAAGCUGGUCACUAUCAGCAUAUCAGUGAAAUAAUGCUUGUCAGACAGUCGUACACUUGAGCAAUAUUGUGUUGUAUUACUUUUUUGUAUCUGCAGUCUAUUUAUGCCAAUGUCUUAACUGAAGACCAAUUGUUGAGAAAGGCUGGGCUGGGAAACUUGGUGUGUAACAAUUUCAGAUACAAAGUCAUAUGCAUAGUUUCCCCUCGUUGUUUUAUAAUUCUUUUGCGUGCGACUCAAUUUUGUAAUCAAGUCAUUCUUUAUGAUAGUUUAUUUUUAGAGGCCAAAUUUUUAUCUGGAGUAUUUUGUUUUAUUUCUUUUCCAAAAAGUUUUUUUUAAUAUUUGUGCUACAACUGGUGUAGACUAAACGCUUUACACAUAAGCUCAUACAUAAUGUAAAUAGUGUCUUCAAACUUUAAAGAAUGUGUGUGUGGAUGGAAUUUGAACUCACCAAACUUAUCCCAAACAACUUUGCUGUAAUAGUUGCUGAUUUUUUAAUAUAUUUUUUUUUUUGAUGUAAUGCCAAGAGAUAACACUUUUAAUUUAUAGCAAACCUUUUUCUAGUCAGGAUCUAGAUCUUGAUUUUAUUCCCAAUUAACUGACAAAACAAAACAACCUCAUAUAACAUUUAAUAACAACUCUUAAAAUAACUUAGCCAGAAGUAAGGAUUUAUGUCAAAACAUUGACUCCACACAUAUUUGUAUGUCCAGAUUUUUUAUGUGAUGCAUACAAAUUAGUUGAAAUCAAUUAUUAAGGAAUGUUAAGAUGUUAAUUGCUUGGUGGUUAUUAUACAGGUCUGGGGUUCAGUCUUGGGAAGGCUGUGUUUUUUUCCUCAUAUCAUUUGGACUUAGGUUCACCCAUCUUUAAGUGGCUGAUUUCACCCAGCUCUAACUGGCUGAUUUCACCCAGCUCUAAGUGGCUGAUUUUCCUUGUUUUGGAGAAAGUUAGCCAUGUCAUUUUUUUUUAAGUCAUCGUCUUUUUUGGGUGAAAAUCUGUCUGAGGAAAGUUUGUCAUGGCCUUGAUUGGGGUGCUUGGCUAUAGAGAUCAGGAUGCUUAAUUUGAUUCAUGGUCCCCACCAUGCUCCAUUGGACACUUUUAAGAAAGCAGUAGCAAAAACCUUCCGUUCCAUUAAAACGCCACUUCCCCUAAAGACCUAUACAAUUUCCUUGUGACAUUCAUAAAAUACAUGAAUGGCCAAAAGGAAAGUGUUUUUUUUUAAAUGCCUAUCAAGAAUGCAGUUAGAACUAGUUGUAAAUGUGUGUCCUAGUCUCUUUUCAAGGAAACAGCUAGGGGAAUAGGUUAGCAGAACAUCAGCAUUAAAUGUCAGAUAUUCAGUGUAAGGAUUUAUUCUCUCAGAAGCUGUUUCCAUGUGAUAUUGGGGUCUCAUUGUUCAAGUGACAUUUCAUCAUUAAAACAAUAUACUUUCUUGCAUAGUUAUUGUGGUCAAAGUUAUGGCAGGUAUAUGGUUCAAAUCUCAUAGGGCAGUGUUUCCCAAACUGUAUUCCACGGAACACAAGGCCUCAAUAGGUGUUUCACCAACUACUGGAAGAAUUAAUUCGUAGAGGCCACCAUUUAAAUUAACUUCUGUAAAAAAAAAUAAUCUAAGUGUUUCCCUAAAUACUCAGAAUGUGUGAAGUGUUCCAUGAAGGGAAAAUUUUUGGAAACACUGACAUGGGGUUUUUAAGUAAUGUUGUGCAUUAUAUUUUUUGGCUAGUUAAAUAUAGAACUUGUUCUCUUUAGGGUUAGGGGACUUCCUUUAUCAGUUUCAGUCCACAGAAUACAAUUUUUUAAAAGCAAAAUCCUUUGUUUAUAAUUCAAACAGUAGUCAGAGCAUAGAGAACUCAGCUACAUCCUCAAAAUAGAAUUUUGUAUUAAAUUAGAACUGUAUGUACAUGUUAUAUUUUUUUUUAGUCAUCAAUAACUAGUUAGGCCCACAAUAAGAGAAACAAAUGCAUAUUGGAGGUUAUGAAUGUCAUUUGAAGUCUAUAAGUAAAAGCAUGUCUCUUGAGUCUGAUGAGCACAAUUUAACCAAAGGUGGUUUUUUGAAAUUCACUAAUCUUACUUAUCUCGACAUGAUGCUCUUCUGACUUCUGAGUUAAGAAAGUGUCUUAAAUUAUGCUCAUGUCUUAAGGAUGUUUGCACGUGUGCAUAAAUGUUAAUGGCUUCAUUUAUAGUAGCAAGGGGUGUUGAGACUGUUGAAUUAUUGAUCAAAGAUUCUGUUUCUAUGAUGUGAUUCAUUUCAAUGGUUGUUUCAUUUCACAACUGUAUACCUAACAUACUAGGCCUGCCUUCUGUUGUCUUAACUGUGAUCUGAUUAUUGCCCUUUCUUAUUUUCAAUAUGUUAUGUUUUGAUACCCAUUUUGAUCAUUUUCUAUGUGUAUCUAUUAUUCUAAGCGUGCUGUGCUCUCAAGACUUUUUUGUAUAAUUCCUAGAUGUGCUUAUUCACCUGAGAUAAACUAAAACUAAUCUGUACAUUAUUUUAUAGAUUUAUUCCUGUUGAUUAAUACUUCACCUACUGUCAUAUCAUAAUCACUCAAAAGAAAUCUAUAUUUAAUACUAUAAAUGGGUUUGUACUUCAGAAACUAAGAGCUUUUCCUUUUUUUUUUUUUGGUUGGGGGGGGGGGGGAGAAAGAAAAAUCUGUUGGUCCUUGAGGUGGCCACAUGAUAUCCUUGUUAGUUUUACCCUGUAGAGAACCAUGACCGUUAUUUUGCAGGGUCGGCCUUAGGCCACUGCAACUUAUGCGACCACAGUGGGUCCCACACUUAGGACGGCCGCUAAUUCUAGGUGUAAAUUAUAAAUUAAACCAUUUUAUAGCUUAUAACAGAUUUCCCACGGCCGCCUGAUUUAUCAGGAGCUCCUGGAAAUCUCCUGAAAUUGCAAAAAUAAGAAAAAGUCUCCGGAAAUUAUUAAAAAUCUUUGGAAGACUCUUACAAAUCUCAUGAAAUAUAUAGACAAAAAUUGUAAUUUUGGGGUGUCAUUCAAUAUGAAAAAUGCCAAUCCUACGCGCGAUAAAUAAAAACAGCAUUAUGUAUUACCUGUAAUUGUGUAAUCAGGCGAAAGAAGUUUUUCGCGCCUCAAACUAAUGAAGAAUUACUUGAGGUCAACAAUUCUCGUAGAUAGAUUGAAACAUUUGGUAAUUAUUGCUAUUGAGCGUGAUCUAUGUAGGUAAUACAAUUUUUAUGAUAUACUGUAUGACUUCGCUACACACAAGGCUCGUAAAGUAGUUCUGUACGUAAUAAAGAAUGAAUAAAAUGCAAAGACGAAUUUAUUUUCUAAUUUACAAACUUUUAAAUUUCACUUAUUAUCCGUAUCCCUACCCAUACUUGGCCCCGCGAAAUCCGUUUCGAGUAGGGCCCCACAACGGUUGAGUCCGGCCCUGCUAUUUAGUGACGGGUGAAUACAGAAUAGAUUACUUGUUCUCCUCCCCCACCCUUUUUUUUUUCGCCGAUAAAAAUACUUGGGGUAGAAAUAAAAAGAGUGAUCUUUCCAUGACUUCUUGGUCACAACGGUUAAGUCCGGCCCUGCUAUUUUGUGACGGGUGAAUACUACUUGUUCUCCCUCCCCCCUCUUUUUUGUUCGUAGGGUAACUCAAGUCCGACUUGCAGAAAUAAAAGAAUGAUCUUUCCUUUAUUUCUUGUCCAAACUCUUUAGCCAUGAAGAGAAUUAUAGAUAAAGAUAGAUGGCUAACAUCAAGUGUUUUAGUAAUUGUAAAAAGUACUUGGUAUUUCUGAAGUGAAUAGCUUACUAUUGAUGUUUAUUAAAUGGCCUAGUUUUCACAUUCUGUAUUUUUAUUGUCUAUAUAUAUAUAUAUAAUGAUUGCUUAUAUUGGUCAGUCACAUGAAAAUGAAUUCAAAACUGUCUUAUGUAGUUGAUAAAUAAACAUAAUCAUUUAGAAAAAUUGACCUCGUAAUUUAAUGUAAAAGUCAAAACUGAAGCAAGAUGUUCACGUCUGCAAGUAUGCUCAGUAGAGUCACGAUUUUAAGUCCUAACAAGGAGUUAUUUUUACUCUGGAUUUUGAGGACGUUUUAUUGAGAUUUAAAAAAAAAAUUAUUAAUAUGCAGUUUUGAGACUGAUUCAUCACAUAAGUAAACAUCUUAGUUACAAGGACUAACCAACAAUUACACAGUCCAGACAUAUUACACUAAGUUUAGAUAGAUGUACUGAAAUGUGUCUCUCCAGUGCGCAGUCAAGGUAGAGGCACUGCAUAUCAGUGUACAGUCAAGGUAGAGGCACAAUGUUAUGUUUUAUCAACUUUUCCUUAUAAUAUUUUUGUUUUGCUUGUUGAUGUGUUAUGGGCUGAAAGAAGAUUUCUGUUCCAUUUCGUUUUGUUGUUCAUUUGGGACUCCAUCUUAUGUAGAAUGUCAUGUGAUUCUCUUGUUCUGAAUUUAUGAACAUAAUAUGCAAGCCAUGAAUUCAUGUCUAUAAAAUUAUUGAAUAUUUAAGCCUUAAUAAAUUAUUUUUAUCAUCAUA